AUGAAUUCCUAUAUACUCAACAGAGCCCUUGGGUCUGUAACUCCAAAUGAAUUCCAUGUUGCUCAAACAACCAGGCUAGUGCACAACAUUGAGCCCGCUCCGGGCAUACGGUUUUCCAGCCGCAGAGCAGCUGCGCCAACGGACCGGUCCGAAGACGAUGUGGCGCCUCUAGAUCAAGAGCUAGAUGCCACAGCGGAGGUAUUUGCUCACAAAUCCGGUGUGAACUGUCUCGCUGUCGAUCAGUUUGAGGGCCGAUAUAUGAUAUCGGGAGGUGCCGACCCAUCGAUUCAUCUCUGGGACCUUGAAUCAAGAGGCUCAGAACUCGAACACGUCCAUCAAUCCUGCGCGUCCGUUAGCAAAUCCUCUCACGCCGACGCGCAUACACAUGCGAUUACCUCCCUGUCGAUCUACCCGUUUGAUCCCGUCCCAUCGACGAUCUUCUCGACGGCACACGAUGGUACAUUAAAGCUAUCGGCGCUACAAUCGCCCUCUAUCACACCGAUACAUACAUUCAACCUAGACUGUACGCCAUAUUCACACUCGUUCUCAUCUCAGCCUGGGUCAACACUGCUUGUCGCAGUAGGCACGUCUGACCGGUCGGUCCGGCUAGUAGACUUACGAUCUGGACUAUCGACACAAGGUCUACCGGGACACAACGGCGCAGUCUUAUCAGUAGCAUGGGCACCUCAUCGGCCGCAUCUCUUAGCCUCUGCAUCGGUUGACAACCGGGUGAUCAUAUUCGACGUGCGUCGCGGAGGUCACAAUUCUGCCAUCGCUACCCUGGACAUGGACGACCCAGUGGGACUGGUGGCCCCAGGAACUGGAUCGGCACCGAUCUCAUACGAGAGUCGUCCAGCCUUCUCCCGGCAUGCCCGUGCCCACAAUGGGCCUGUAACCGGCGUACGGUGGACCUCUAAUGGCAGUCACAUAGUGACGACAGGACAGGAUUCCCGAAUUCGAGUCUGGGACUCUGCAACAGGCGCCAAUACACUUGUUCAUUUUGGCCCUCGAGUCCGUAAUAGCUCUUCCUCGCACCUAGCUGAACGAGCACCGUUAAUAGUGCCGAAAGGCACCAUGAAUCCAGGGCAUGAAACACUACUGUGGCCGAAUUUCAAUGAGCAGGAUGAUCGUGGUGAGAUUUUCAUGUUCGAGCUCCGCGAGGGGACAUUCAUUAAGCGUCUCCGCGUGCCGGGUCUCAUGGCUGGGUCACAGAAUGUCCGCGGUCGGUCGAGUGCUUUGAGCGCUGGGCGUAUCAAUGAUCUUGCCUGGCGAGGGAAUGGUGCCUCUGGAGAAGGGAUAGAGAUGUUCUCUGCGCACGGCGAUGGAACGAUCCGGUCAUGGGUGUCUCAAGAUCCGGAAGGCGAACCUACUGAAACCGAGCAAGCAGCUCAAGCCGAUCGCAAGAGGAAGCGAGAUGUUCUCGAAGAACUCUAUAAAGGGUUUAUUGGGCCCGACCAGCCCAGGCUACGAAUCUAA